UAGAUAUAAAAUAUGCCUGGUUCUUGUUUCUCCCAAUAAUUAUAUUCGAUUCAUUUUUGCAUACAUUUUGUCUUUUGUAAACACGAUUUCUGACUUUUGAGUACGUUUCGGUGAUUCAUAAAUUGUAAACGAACCCACAAGUACACGUAUGAGUUUUUAAAAUAAAAACAUAGUAGAAUAGUGGUAUAUGUUAAAGUACGAUGACACUUCGAAUUUAACCUCAAAUAGUGGUUAUUUUGAGUAGGAACAAUAUUGUAACAGCACGCGAUUGAUGAAUGGUUUUUUGUAACUUUAAUAUUGUUUUAACAAGUUUGAAAAACAAGAAAAAAUGGUUUCCGUAAUUAAUACAAUUGACACUGGCCAUGAAGACAUGAUCCACGAUGCUGAAAUGGAUUUUUAUGGGCUCAGAUUAGCUACCUGUUCCAGUGACAAUUCUGUCAAGAUUUUCGAUUUGAAAAAUGGAUCACAAACUUUAGUAGCAGAUUUGAAAGGUCACGUUGGUCCGGUUUGGCAAGUUGCUUGGGCUCAUCCCAAAUUUGGAAAUAUAGUUGCAUCAUGCGGUUAUGAUAGAAAGGUUGUGAUUUGGAAAGAGAUGAAUGAAUGGAUUAAACUAUAUGAGCAUACGGUUCAUGACUCUUCAGUCAAUUCAAUUGGGUGGGCACCUCAUGAAUUUGGCCUAAUACUAGCUUGUGGUAGUUCUGAUGGUUCUAUUUCCAUUUUGACUAACAAUGGUAAUAAUUGGGAUACUCAUAAAAUUUCCAAUGCUCAUACAAUUGGUUGUAACUCAGUCUCAUGGUGCCCUGAUGUUGAAUCUUCAUUUGAUUCUGUAUUAAAUCAAAAAAAUAAUAUUAAAAGAUUAGCUAGUGCUGGGUGCGAUAAUACUAUCAAAAUAUGGAAACAAGAAGGAGAUCAAUGGAUUGAAGAAACCAAAUUAGAAGCGCACAGUGACUGGGUCAGAGAUAUUGCCUGGGCUCCAGCUAUAGGACCUCCAAGAGCAGCUUUGGCAUCUUGCUCUCAAGAUAGACGCUUGAUUGUUUGGACUUCUAACGAUUAUAUCAGUUGGAUACCAAAUAUCUUGAAUGUAUUCGAUGACGUUGUUUGGAAUGUUAGUUGGUCGCUGACUGGAGGAAUAUUGGCUGUCAGUGAUGGCAAUAACAAAGUGUCAUUGUGGAAAGAAAAUUCUGAAGGACAAUGGAUGUGCAUAUCUGAAUUGAAUAAAGGCCAGGGUAGUAUUAAUAAUCCUGAUCAACGUAUUAUGUAAAAAAUUAUAAAAUGAAAAUUAGUUUUAAAAGUUUAACUGUUUUGUAUAUUCAUUUGUUAUUCAAAUAAUUCAAUUAAAAAUAAUUUUGUCAUAA